AUGAUCACACUGCCUCCGGAGUCUGCUGUGUUUAGUGUGGUUGAUCUCAAGAAGCGACACCGGGAACCGUUCCUGCACUCGCCGCCUCCCGCGGACCGUUUGCCCGUUAAAGCGUUGAAAAUGCUGAGCGCUCGGACCGGACACAUCCUGCACCCGGACUAUCUGCAGCCGUUACCGUCCGCUCCCAUCAGCCCCAUAGAGCAUCAGUUGCAUGAUUUUGAAUAUUUUUUAAUAUUCUGCAAAUCCAGCCAGCUGAAGAUCAGCGACAUCGGGGCCGAGGACAAAUCUAGUUUCAAGCCAUACGGCAAAUCGUCAGAGAGAAAAGACAAGGGUUCGGAUAAAUCGGGUUUCCGCGUGCCGAGCGCCUCCUGCCGGCCGGUCACGCCUCGGAGCCCGAGCUCCUGCAGCUCCGUCUCUCCUCAACCCGGAUCGGGGGAUAAAACGGGGAAGAAGGAACGCGACGCGGCUAAAACGCCGGAUGCAUCUGGAAUGAGAACCGAGAGCGAGACGAGCAAACAGGAUGUUUCCAAACCAUCCGUGUCCGACAGCAUCCCGGCGUCUUCAGUAUCAUCCGCUCUCGGAUCCGGACUCGUCGCGCCGGUUUCCCCUUACAGACCGGGUCACACCGUAUUCACACCUUACCCUGGAGCGUACCCCGCUUACCCUCAACCCUUCCUAUCCCACGGCGUGACUCUGGAUCAGAGCAAGCCCGGCGGCGGUCAGCUGAUUAAUGCUCAGCUGUCCGGUGCUCUCAGCAGCAAGGCGGGGUCCAGUCCCCUCGCCGGAGCCUCUCCUCCAUCCAUCAUGUCCAGCGGUCUGUGCAGAGACCCAUUCUGCUUGAGCUACCACUGCGCUAGCCAUCUAUCAUCCAGCGGCUCGCACGACAGCGCCGCCGCGGCCUUAAAAUCCGGAUACACACUUAUGUACCCCAGCCACUCCCUGCACCCAUUACCCCCCUCUACACCCUCGUUCCCGGGACACCCGUUAUACCCGUAUGACUUCGUGCUUCCCAAUGAUUCCCAGACGCACGUUUGCAACUGGGUUUCUGCGAACGGUCCGUGCGACAAGCGCUUCUCGUCUUCGGAGGAGCUUCUGAGCCAUUUGCGGACUCACACUGCGUUCGCUGAGAAACUGGUUAUGGGAUAUCCCAACUCUUUAACCAUGGCUUGUCAUGUGCCAGGAGCCCCGCUGGUGCUCAGGACCCCUCAUCUCGGGUUCGGCUCACGGUAUCAUCCGUACUCCAAAAGCCCGUUACCGACGGGCAGCGUGCCGGUUCCGGUUCCCACCGCAACCGGCCCGUUUUACUCUCCAUACGCUCUUUAUGGACAGAGACUGACCACUGCGUCUGGGCUCGGAUAUCAGUGAGAAACUGAAUUUAAAAAAAAUAUUUUUUUUUUAUGUUUUUGUUCGCCUCAGAACUAACUAGUGGACCAUUAUUUAUUAAAGUUAGCUUCAAAGCGAAUGAAAUAAGGCUCACAUGGCUUUAUUUAAACUGUUACAGACGUAAUUCUCUCAUAAGAAACAAGCCACACUGUGUAAUGUCUUAUAGCCAAAAUUUGCAUGUUUAUUUCUAAAUUUACUUGAACUAUAUUUUAAAGUUUGUGGGGGAGAACUGUUUUUACUGUGCAACUCAGGGAAAAACGACAGCAAUUAAAGAAUAACUCGAUUCAGUCUGCUUGUUUUGGUGCACUAGUUCGUUGUCUGUUUGAGUUUGGAAUGCAUUGGUUGAUUUAAACACUAAAAACAAGAUUUUAUAUGUGGCGUUUGGCUCCAUUUGUAAUCUGCAUCACAUUAUGUU